AUGGCUCGCGAUAUUCGCCAAAAGGCAUUGCAACGCAUUGCCUUUCUCUCUGCCACAACACCAUCCAUCUCAUUCGACAAAUCGGAUCUCGAUCGGUUGUGUAGAGCUGCUCCAAGUCAUGGCAGCCGAUCCCUUGCCAUCAACGGCCACAACGCAUCGGCGCCUUCCAAGUCCGACAAGCUGGCGAAGCUCAAUGUUGGCCGCGUCCCCAUGAGCAUCCGAGAGUAUGAGGUCCUCUUGGCUCUCUGCAAGGCUGCGCCUGGUCUACAGGCCGCCCAGAGCGCGCUGAAGCUCGCCCGACACUUGGUACCUUACCUCAUGGAUGCCCACGUCCAGGCAUUUGCUUCAUCUCCCUUCUUCCGGAAAAUCGAGCCGUCCCCGACCGAGUCGCUGAGCUACCAUGUCACGGCCGCCCUGCUGUCUCUAGGGGUACAACACGCAGACGUCCAACAGCUGGUCUCGGACAACGUCACGGCAUUCCUCGAUGCCUGUGCGUUUGCCACCGAGAGCGUGUCCUGUGCCGAUGAUGACGACCCGGGAGCCCUCGAAGAGGCCAUACGGACGGCGACUAUCACAAUUGCUCUCUUGGGCUUUCUUGACGCUGCGUGCGCGCAGGCGGAUUUCUGGAGGUCCGGAGGUCGCCUGGGCCUGAUAACCCGGCUCCGUAACCUUCUUUCGCAGCCCUUUCUAGUUGCUGUUGAGGCUGCUUUCUCCACCAUUCGAAAUUCACACUCCCACGACCGCGAUGUUAAGGAGUGGAAAAGAUGGCUCCGUCACUACGACGAUAUUGGUCGCCCCCUGGGUGCCAUGUUAUUGCAGCGGAGCUUCAUGUGGCUGCUUGUGGCCGCAACGUCUCUCCUGGUCGCCGAGGAAGACGCCCUGCGGAGCUCCCAUGUUCUUGACAUACUCAUGUCUGGGAACGGCUUGCGCCGUCCUUUGACUGCCAAAAGCGGCGAGGCCGAUUUCCGCUCCGUGGAGUUUUACGCCACGGUUGCCAUCGACCAGAUGAAUUACCUGGAAUCGAGUGCCGAUUUUGACAGUCUGUCACCGGCUAAGCAGAAACUUGCCUUUGCUGUCAAGGCUUGCGCCUUGAUCAGCUAUCUCAAUGCGUCCACCUUGAACGAAGAUGCCGCGGCUGGCGACGUUCUGAUGGACUGGCUUGAAGACACCCUUGGCGAUCCCGCAAGCAUGGCAGAUGAGGGCUUGGCGUCGGUAGUUCUCAAGUCGACGGCAUUGCUCUGUAGGGUGUCCCCUGCAUAUGCAACUAAUGUCAGCCGUCUUCUCCCCCGGUUCAUUGUCCAGAGCGGAGCAAAGAGCCACACCGUGACCGUAGCAUCAAAAUGCCUCGCCUUCGUCCUAAAGCUACUCUCAAAGGACGCUAUUAUCACGACGCUUUACACCCUAGGCAAUGUCUUGAGUCCCGGAAAUGACCGGCCCCUUACCAAUGGCUUGAACGGUGACACUCGGCACGAUGCUCGCGAUAUUUCUCCCGUCUACGCGGCGAGACAGUCUACUGGCAGCUCGAUUUCUCUGCAAAUAUCUGGGGAGGAAGACUCGUCGAUUGUCCAAGGGAACGUUGUUCAGGCUAUCUGCGAAAUAGCGAGUACCUGCAGGGACGAAAAGAUUACGGGGCUCGCCCAGUCAAUGCUCGCGCAAAAGAUUGCCAAGCUCAGCAGCCUCGUCGAUGCUCGCAUCAUUACCGGGGCUGCCACGUUAGCUCUAAGUGGUGGCCAGUCCGAAUUUCGUUAUCUCCUCAAGAGGUUUGCUGCCGUUGCCCAUGACGCUGUGUUGGAGAACAAGGAUGGGGCCCUUAACGCUGUCAUGAAAGCUCGAAACAACAUCUCGGCCAAUCUUCGACGAGAUUCUCCACUGUACGAUGCAUACUUAGAGCAUUUACUUGACGGCAUUAUUUCCCAAGGAGAUGCGCAUAGCCAUCACUCUCACCAUGCCAAGGAAUCCGACGUUGAGCUAGCUGCCCGAGAGAUCGCGCAGUUGAUCCAGCCUCUUGCUGUUUUCAUGUCUGUCAACGAUCUUGCAUUUGACGGCAUCACUGAUGACGACACCCAUUCCAUGCUCCGUGAUGCGUGGUUCAACAUUGUUGUCCACGGUUUCACUCCCGCAACGGAACGCGGGAAACUUCACAUGAAUGAUCUGAGGAUUAUGGCUAUCCACUCGCCGCCUCUGGUGUUGGAGAACCGUGGGGAGCAGAACGAAAGUGACAUUGAGCUCAACCCUAUUCUUCGCAGGGGUGAGGGCUCGGAUCGAGAAACCCUGCAGAAGAAACAUCUUGCAGAGCUGAUUCCGACGAGAAGCAGCGAGAUCAAGGGUCUCAGUUAUCGGAAAGUCAUAUUCCUUCAUGCAGCGCAUCUAGUCGAGACUUUGCGGGCGGAUGCGGGUGACUGCACCAAGGCAUUGUCAUACUUUCUCGAACCCAGCAUGCGGCGAGGCGACGUCAGCCGCACCAUGGAUGGAAUCAUGAACGCUGCCAUGGACAGGUACUUGAAGAAGACGCUCAGUGCCUCCAGUCCCACCUUCUCGGCGCAGUAUGCAGCGAGUCAACUCGUCAAGAUAUUUUGCAGCUGUUGCCACCGUAUCGAGAGGGUGCAGCAGGCCGCGUUCGGUUGUGCUGACCGCAUAUUGCUCGACAUACCAUCAGCCCUUUGCCAGCGGUCCUCGCUGUUUGCGCUUCUAGAGCUCCUCUCGUUGAUGUGGUCGAGCUGCCUAGAAGCAGAAACGGACCGGUACGAGCCGCGGACUACGUUCACGUCCGCUCGGGGUGGAGUCACGGUUGAACUCUCAGACGAUUAUCAGCUUAGGCACCUGACGCUCGAAAGCUUACAUGGGAAGGCGAAGACUUGGUUGACAAGUGCAAUUGAGAUUGCCCCCGCCGAUGUGAAGGGGCUCCUGCAAACUUAUCUUUCCGAGUUUGACGACGAGGGUACUUAUGGCCAUGUAUCACUCGGUCGAUCCUUUGCUAUUGAGAUAGGCUCCAUCAUCCCGUCGACGGACCAGAGACUGUCCUCGCUUGACGUUCUCGGCGACUGCCGCAUCAAUACCGCCUCUGAUUUCAUGGCGCAGUACACGACACGUCAAGAAUAUCGAUAUUCCGAGGCGCUGCCGGAUCAUAGCCUGGAAUGGCUUAGUUUCAUGCGUCUCGAUCGCAGAGCCUCGAUUUUGCCGUUGUCUGAUAACGAGAGCGACGAUGCUAUCACUGCUCUCUCACACAUUGAAAGGCGUAUACUUAGUCGAAAGGUGACGACGCUAGCUGACGUUAGAGAUAUACUCCGACGCGCUGCCGCCCUUCUCUGCCGGACUGAGCAAGACGAAUGUUCCAUCGCCCACUAUCUUGUCAGCAUCCCAUUUGCUAUGUUUACGAAGCAGUCGAUCAAGCUCGGCGUUUCUCUUUGGCUUGGGGUGAUGAAUGAGAAUCCGAGGAUGCAGCCGCGAAUCUUGGUAGAGAUUGCACAGCAGUGGGAAUUCAGCGUUCAGAAGAGACUUGGGCUCUUCAACCCUAUAAUCACCAGCCCUGACCCUUUCUUUCUGAGGGAGGAAUUUGCACCGAGUGAUAGCGCUGCACUUGCAAAGCGCAAGCAUCUAAUCAACAACCUCCUGGCGCCCCAUACACGUCUCUUGCAGUUUCUGAGCAGUCACUACAACGCUACCCGACUCGGAAACCCUAAUACUCAUCACGUCUUUCUCCGUCUUCUUGAUGUUACCUUGAACGCCGUUAAGCAGUCAACGUUACACCCCAUGGCCAGAGAAAUCCGCUUCCAGGUGGUGCUCCUCGGCCUCAGGAUCCUCAAGACUAGUACGACUAUCGGUGCUAUCGCACAGUGGCGGCUGAAGGACUUGAUACUGUCUUCAGCACUUGGCUGGUUCAACACAGCACCGCGCUGGUCAUUCGGCAGCAAUAUGAUUCAGCUCAAGACAGAGAUUCGCCUGAUUUCGGACGUAAUGGCAGCCUUGAAGGCAACAGCCCUCAUCGGUGCGCAACCUGUGGGGAACAUCAAGUCUCUUGCUUCCAAGGAGAAGCUCAUUCAAAUUCUACUAGAAAACGAGCAAGCGAGGCUGGCAGUCUGGGUUCACCCUGUGAAUGAACAUCAGAGGUCGCAACUGACGUUCCAUCAGUCGAAUAAAAAUGCAAUUGAAGCAUCCGUUUUUCCGCUUGUUCGGACAGCUUGGGCUGAAAGCCCAUCGCUGGCUGUGCAUUUGAUAGGCAGGUUUCAGUAUCCACGAAUCCAUAAGGAGGUUCGCUGGCUGCUGCUGAACUUUCCCGCAAAGGCUGCUGCUGAGCCUGAAGCUCUGUCGGUACUCAUCGAUGGCGUGCUGCCCGAAGAUGUCGGAUUCCAGCUCAAAUACCUGCUUUUCUGGGCACCGGUAAAUCCCAUCACUGCAGUAACAUUCUUCCUGCCAGCCUACCGGAACCACCCUUACCUGAUUCAGUAUGCGAUGAGGGCGCUAGAGAGCCACUCGGUUGAUGUGACAUUUUUUUAUGUGCCGCAAAUCGUGCAGACUCUUCGAUAUGAUGCUCUUGGCUACGUGGAGCGCUAUAUUCUAGAGACUGCCCAACUAUCUCAACUAUUCGCCCAUCAGAUCAUUUGGAACAUGAAGGCAAAUGCCUACAAGGACGAUGACUCUCAAAUUCCUGAUGCUAUCAAGCCGACUCUCGACAAGGUCAUGGGCCACAUGAUUGAAAGUUUCUCAGAUGUCGAUCGUGGCUUCUACGAACGAGAAUUCUCCUUCUUCGAUGAGGUUACAGACAUAUCCGGGAAGCUCAAACCCCUGAUAAAGAAGUCUAAGCCCGAGAAGAAGCAAAAGAUUGAAGAGGAGCUCCGUAAAAUCAAGGUUGAAAUUGGCGUUUAUUUGCCGAGCAACCCAGAUGGCGUAGUUAUUGGCAUUGAUCGCAAGUCCGGCAAGCCGCUGCAAAGCCAUGCCAAGGCCCCUUUCAUGGCGACCUUCCGAAUCAAGAAGAAUAAAGCUAGCCUUCCAGAGGAGGAGGACGGAAUUCUAGAAGAACCAAAGAGGAACGAUAUCGUCCAAGAAAGUACCAUUGAGGUUUGGCAGUCGGCCAUCUUCAAGGUGGGAGAUGAUUGCCGUCAGGAUGUGCUCGCCCUUCAGAUGAUAGCAGCCUUCCGCGGGAUUUUCCACAAUGUCGGCCUGGACGUCUUCGUUUUCCCUUACCGUGUGACGGCCACAGCUCCCGGCUGCGGUGUGAUUGAUGUCCUGCCUAACUCGGUUUCUCGAGACAUGCUCGGCCGGGAAGCUGUCAAUGGUCUUUAUGACUACUUUGUCUCCAGAUACGGCAACGAGGACUCCCUCCGCUUCCAGCAGGCCCGGAACAAUUUUGUCAAGAGCAUGGCGGCUUAUUCUGUCAUCUCCUUCCUACUCCAGUUCAAGGACCGACACAAUGGAAACAUCAUGAUCGACGACGCCGGGCACAUUCUCCAUAUCGAUUUUGGUUUCUGUUUCGAUAUUGCCCCAGGUGGUAUCAAAUUUGAGCGUGCCCCAUUCAAGCUCACGUCCGAAAUGCUUGCCGUCAUGGGUGGCAGUACAGACCACCAGUCCUUCAAGUGGUUUGAGGAGCUAUGUGUUAAAGCUUUCCUUGCCUCUCGACAGCACACGGAGAAGCUGUCGCAGAUUGUUCUUCUCAUGAUGGACAGUGGGCUACCCUGCUUUAAGCCGGAGAGCGUGAAGCACUUCAAGGAGAGAUUCGUCCUGGAGAAGAAUGAACGUGAGGCUGCUGAUUUCAUGAAAGACCUGAUAAAAAAGAGCCACGCAAGUUAUUCUACAGGCCUGUACGACCAAUUCCAGCUCCUGACAAAUGGCAUACCGUAUUGA